UUAAAUGUAAAGUAGGCUAUCAAUAUUCUUUCUAACCGCAGAGCAGAGAAAUGCUGGCUCAUUUAGCAGCUUCUGUCCUUUGAGCUAUUCCAGCGGAUGAGAGAACCCCGGGGGAAGGGCUGCCCCUGUGACCGGAGUAGGGUUGGAUUCUCCCCGGCUGGUGACCUCCUGCUCCGGGGACACAUCCUCCCACCACCUGGCGUCACCUCUCCUCCCCCAGACUGAUAGCGACGGAGCCCACCGAUGCGUCCGGCAGCCCCUGAUGCUCGGCAGUGCUCCGGGGCUUUCCGGUCGGUGGGAGAGGCUCGAGCCGCGGCCGCGCGCUAGGAUGCUGCGCCAGGUGUUGCACGCGGGCCUGAGGACCUCCUUCCACGCGCUGGGCCGGUUCGUGGCGGGCCACCCGGUCUUCUUCGCCUCGGCUCCUGUGCUCCUGUCCAUCCUGCUCGGGGCCAGCUUCAGCCGGUACCGCGUGGAGGAGGACGUGGAGAGCCUGCUCGCGCCAAAACACAGCCUGGCCAAGAUCGAGGGCAACCUGGUGGACAGCCUGUUCCCGGUCAACCGCUCCAAGCACGCGCUCUACUCCGACCUGCAGACGCCCGGCCGAUACGGGCGCGUGAUCGUCACCACCCGGAAGGGGAGUGUGCUGGACCCGGUUCACCUGGACACCAUACUAAAGCUCCACAGACGCAUCUACCAAAUGCAGGUGACCGUCCCGGCCACAGGCUUCAACAGCUUCAACUACUCCUUCUCUUACCUCUGCCUCCCCGACGACAAGAACGUCUGCAUCAUCGAUGACAUUAUUCGCGCCAUGGAGGAGAUCCAAUCAGCUCGCACCUCCAACCGCUCCGUCCCAGUCCUGCGGUACCCGAUCACGCAGCUGGCAGACGGGCGGCAGGCGUACAUCGGACACCAGCUGGGUGGGGUUCAGGGGUGGGGUCCCAGCGGGGCGGUGCGAGGUCUGGGGACAGGAGCCAGGGGAGAAGGUGUACGUUCUGCGCGGGCAUUGCAGCUCACCUACUACCUCCAAGCCCGAGGCGGCCUGAUGGACCGGGUGGCCGGCCAAUGGGAAAAGGCCUUCUGUGCAGAGUUACAGCACUUUGCGGCGCUGCACCCGAAGCUGGGGCUCUACCCUUCCACUUCCUCCUCUCUGAGGACAGACUUCCAGUUUUCCUCGGUGCUGGCACGUCGCCCCCUGUUGGCCAGCUUGGGGGUGUGUGGCGUGCUGGCCGUCCUCUGCUGCUCUAUGAGGGACUGUGUGAGGUCCAAACCCUGGUUGGGACUGCUGGCUUUGCUGUCAAUCACACUGUCAGGCCUCACUGCUGCUGGGAUACUCAACCUGACCGGGGCCACCUACAACUCUACAUACCUGGGCAUCCCUUUCGUCAUGCUCGGUCACGGGCUCUUCGGCUCCUUCGAGAUGCUGUCGUCGUGGCGGCGAACCCGGGAGGACCAGCACGUGAAGGAGCGCGUGGCGAGCGUCUUUGAGGAUGUCAUGCUGCGUUUCUCCGGCUCCACCAUGCUCCACCUGAUGACCCUGGGCCUGGCCGCCUCGCCGCUCACCAACAUGGAAGCUGUCCGGCUCUUCUGCCGCACGGCCGCCUUAGCCGUCACUAUCAGCUAUGUUUACAUGUUGUCCUUCUACAGUUCCUGCCUGGUGUUUACAGGAUACUUAGAGACCGGAUACAGACACGGCUGCUUCUGCCGCAGAGUCCCCAAACCGGACCGGCUCGACUCCAAACCGGCCUGGUACAGGUGUUUAAUGUACACCCGUUACCAGGACGAGACGCAAACCACCAACCCACCACACGUGGUCGGACACAGUCAUGCUCACCCACCAAAUCCCAACCUAACUCACACACAUGCGCACACACACCCACAUAGCGCAAACAACCCUAAUUCACACGGACACGGUCAUGUGGCGAACUCCACACACGCACAUCCACACCCACACCCACACCCUCACACACACCCCAAUACCAGCAUGGACCCUCAUCCUCAGGACUCUCACCUUUUGCUGGGGUGUGUGAGGCGUUGCUAUGGAGACUGGAUCACUAAUACUUAUGUCAAACCCUUUGUGGUUCUGCUCUACCUGGUUUACAUCUCCUUUGGACUGAUGGGCUUCCUACAGGUGACCCAGGGUUCUGACCCCAGUGCGUUGGUUGCCAUGGAUACGACGACAGUCUUGUACACCCGUGCCCAGCAGCGAUACUUCAGCUCGUACUCCCCCGUCAUUGGAUUUUAUAUCUAUGAAAGCGCCCCCUACUGGAAUGCCUCGGUGCAGCGGGACCUGCUGGAAUACGCCAAAGGCUUCCAGAGAAUCAGCUGGCUGGAGGCGUACCUGAACUACCUGACAGACCGCAACCAGUCCACCAGCCAGUCACGGGAAAACUUCACCCGCACACUCCGCCACUCCUUCCUCCGCGAGCCACAGUUCGCCCACUUCGCAGACGACAUCAUAUUCGCAGAGCGCGGUCAGGGCGAGGAGCCUGACGUGGCCGCAUCGCGGAUCUUCCUGGUGGCCAAGACGACAGAGAACAAACGCGAGGAGAUGUCAGUGCUGCUGGACACGCUGCGGCGCCUGUCACUGACCUCACGCGUUCGUUUCCUAAUCUUCAACCCCUCCUUCGUCUACCUGGACCGCUACGCUGCGGCGGUGAGCUCCCCGCUCAGACACUCACUGCUGGCGGUGCUCUUCCUGUUGGGUCUGUCCUCCCUGGCCGUGGUGGAGCCGCUGGUCUCCGUGUGGCUGGGCCUCACCCUGCUCUCCGUGCAGUUCGGGGUGCUGGGCUUCAUGACCUUAUGGGGUGUGGAGCUGGACUGCAUGUCUGUGUUGUGUCUGAUCUCAGCUUUGGGGCACUCGGCAGACUGCAGCGGCCCCCUCCUCUGUGGCUUCGCCUCGGGUCGGGGUGAGAGCAGGACUCGCUGGGUGAGAGUGGCGCUGGAGAGACACGGCGUUCCCUCCCUACAGACGCUCAUCUGCUACAGCGCUGCCCUGGUGCCCGUGGGCUCCGUACGCUCCAACCUCACACGCACAUUGUUCCGCUGCCUCACCCUCACGGCCGGCUGCUCGGCCCUGCACACGCUGGCGUUCCUGCCCACCCUCCUCACCUUCCUGCCCCCCUCCAAGAGCCGGGGCCACCGGCCCGGCGGAGACGGGCAGAGACAGGAGGUGGAGUGUGUCGAAAUGAACGACAGCACCCGAGUGGUCGACCAGAUCACCACUGUCUGAGCAUGGGAUGAUGUUGUGUUUUCGCACCCCGCCCCGCCCCCGGUUGCCAUGGUGACUGCCGGCUGGGAAUUGGUUCAUUGUAGUCUGAGCAGCCGCUGUGCAUGCUGCAGACAAGAAUGCUGAUCCUUGUGAGGAAGAGAGGAAAAGAAGGAGAGAAAGAUGCGAAGAAUUAAUAGAGGCUGAAGGUCGAGAGAAAAAAGAUUCAAACAAGAAAAAGCAAGUCGGAGUCAGUAAAGACAAGGAGAGAGAAAGAGGGGUUUCCAAUGCAGUGUAUCCAUGGUUACCUGCUUGUUGCUAGUGCUGUGUGGCAUGUGAAUGAGGUUUGUUUUUCCCCAAAUAGCCAAACAGGUUGAGGAUCAGCUGAGGUCAGGCCUGGAUGCGACCGCAUCACAGAGGAAGUGCCACACUUUUCACGUCUCCAAAACUCGCUUUAGAUCCGAUCACAUUGUUUGGCUACCGCUAUCUGUCCGCCAUAUCAAGUUGCACAAAUACAGCUACAAUGACAUGAGGCAAUCAUCUGUAUAACUCGAGUAUUUCUACUUUAA